AUGAAAAGCAUCAACUCUGUGGCCGGCGUCCUUCUGGUCCUCGGGUUCAUCCAGAUCAGCUGGCAGGUUCCACUGCUCGACACUGAGGAGCGCUCGAGGUUGGAGCAGGACGACACGUUAUCGGAUGAGUCCAGAGAGCUGUCCAACAUGAAGAGACACUCUGACGGAACGUUCGCCAACGACUACAGCAAAUUCCUGGAGGACCGGAAGGCGCAGGACUUUGUCCGGUGGCUGAUGAGCAACAAGAGGAGCGGAGCCGCAGAAAAGCGCCACGCUGAUGGGACCUUCACCAGCGAUGUGAGCUCGUACCUUAAGGAACAAGCAAUCAAAGACUUUGUCGCCAAGCUCAAGUCUGGACAAGCCCGAAGAGAAUCGCAUACGACCAGGUGGAGCAGGAGACACGUAGAUGGAAGCUUCACCAGCGAUGUGAACAAGGUGCUCGACUCCAUGGCCGCCAAAGAAUAUUUGCUCUGGGUCAUGACCUCCAAGCCUUCAGGGGAAAGGUAA